GGAUGUGAGCCCAUUUCAAUUUCGGCCGUUACGAUCGGGCCGGCUGGCCGCGUGACCAAGUUCAUCCCUGUUCAUUAGUGUAUUGUUCAUUAUCCAUUGCCUUAAAAGGCUCGCAAGAGCAUUGCAAUAUAAUGAAUAGAGUGACGUUCGUGCACUUUAUUGAUAAUGAAUUGUGUCGGCAGUGUACACGAUGGGUGGCUCGCGACUGGAGCUCGGCGUCGUCAGGAGACACUUCUCCUCCGACUACUACUGCAUCGCCUCCAACGGAUGGCCGCCCGCCGUCAGCAAACGCGUCCAACUGCGCGUCAACUUCGCCCCGGAGGUCCGCGCCGCUCGCCGGGUGGUGACGGCCGUGCGCGGCCAGAACGCCAGCCUCGAGUGUGCGGUGGAGGCGUGGCCGCGCGGCCUGUGCUACUGGAGCGGCCCGCAGCCGGCGGCGGGUCGCUGGUCGCCGCGGCCCGGCGCCGUGCUGCAGGGCGGCGACCGGCUGCGGAUCGGCCUGCUGGCCGCCGCCGCCCACUACCGGCGCCGACUGGUGCUCACCGUGCACAGCGUGGCCGGCACAGACUUCGGCAGGUACCGGUGCGCCUGCGAGAACCCGCUCGGAGAGGCGCACGACACGGUCGAGCUCAGAGACCAGAGCGGCAGAAGGGGCGGCAGUUUCAGCAGCAGCAGCAGCAGCAGCAGCGGCAGCAGCAGCCGGCCCCCCAGCGACCCGUACCGGCGGCGGCGGCCAGAGCCGGGAGGCUCUACCACACUCAGCCGGGGGACCGGGUACGGCGGUACCUUCCAGGAGAGGGUACCGUACUCCCAGACAGAGGACGAGAGCGCAGCGGAGGAGCGGCGACCCGCGGCGGGAGCGCCAGGAAUGACAUCAUUGGUGCACCUCCUGGCUGUGCCGAUUCUUCCUGUUAUUCUGCAUUGCACAACGUAGAGCCGGCCGGCUCGACAUGAGACGCCGCGCCCGAGGAGAGAGUGGCGGAGGCGGGGAGAGAGCGGCGGGAGGAGGGCGCUCAUCGGGAUCGGACGCGCUGAGUGGCGCCUAAUGUGGACGCUAACGGGUGUAACGACACAUAUCUCAGAGGCUGGCGGCGAGCGUCGGUCGGCGGGCGUCCGCGCGCCGACACCGCCGCCGGCUCAGCGGGCCCUCAGCGGCGAGCGGCGGCGGGCAGCGGCGAGGAAUGGCGGGCAGGCAGAGAUGCGUGCUUCAUCCGGGGCUGCGGGAUAACGUACCUUUGAGUAGAACGAAGAGAUUGAGUAAUUCAGGGAGUUCAAUGAAACCUAACACCAAAAAAAUGUGUAAGGAUUACGUGCUUUCUGUUCUGGAUGCGCGCGGUGCGCUUUUGCUUUUAUUUUGUUUGCGCAGGUGUGUAGGAAAGUUGUGAGUUACUUAGUAUUGGCAUAAAUGUGAAUGCAUUAUGCA